ACGACCGCGCAGUGCCGCCGAGGUGACCAGAGGAUCCGCGGCUCCUCAUCCACCUGAGCAUAGUGCGCGAUCAGUAUGCGUUAUAUUCGUGCGAUCGGCGAGGAGACUCCGACUUCGACCCGGCGAACGAAACGAUUCCCCAGAACCGGCCGCGAGAACUUCGUUUCCGGUUUUGCCUCGCGACAACCGGAAACACGCGGGCGUGGCGACUAAAUACCGAUUUUUCUGCUUAUUUUUUUCAUCUUUUUUAAUAGAUGACAAAUUUCUAUGAUUUUCUCAAAGUGGAAGUUUAUUUAUAUAUAGGAUAUAUUAUGUAAUCACCUGCAUUGAUUCUGUGAUGCAAAUGCGUGCACUUGACUGGCGUCAUUAAUAUCGAGUGCAUUUUCUCCAACUCGUACGGCGAAUAUUCGAGCAUCCGGAUACACAUAUGCACGGGGUGUGUGCAUAUCAGCUGCAUUAGCAUGUGCUUCCGCGAUCAAUGGAACCAUCUAGUCAGGACGAGCUUGAGACGAGGAUAAAGCCAGGUGGAGGAAGAGUGCGAUGCAGUGGCGACGACAGAAGAGGAUCACCCACGUGAUCGGCUCUUCGAAUCAUGUAUUGCUCUUAGCAAGGUACCAAGAUGCUCCACCCGGUGAGGAGGAUGAGGAAGAGGGUUUGCGAAAGGACUAUGUGAAAAGUCAGGAGAAGGACACGAACACGCACACCUUCGAACGAAAUGGACAGCAGAGUGGUUACAAACCACGUCGAGCUGGUACCAGCACCAGCGGCGGCAGUACGAGCGGCUACGCGAGCAGCGGCUCGAGAUCACACAGGGACGAAAGCGCGGGCUCGCCGUCGCAGCCCAAGAUUAUCUUCAACGAGGAGGAAUACACGAGGAUCACGACGCCGCGGCAGGACGUUCUCUUCAAGAAGGGCUACCUCUCCCGCAAGAAACCCUGGACCGGAAAUGCGAGCACCAGCGCUACGCCGUCGACCACGGAGAGUCAAUCGGCGUCACAUUCCACCGCAGACGGCAGUGAAACGACGGAAGACCAACAACUCUUGGAUAGGGACAGUGGAACGGGAGAAUAUCCGCCCAUGGUAGAGCCAGGAGCGCAAUUAGGAUAUGGAACGUUUUACGAUCACGCGAGCGGUUACUACUAUGAAUACCCUGUGAUGUUGGUCGGACCUGCACCAGUACCUGCUCAAGUUGGACCAAGUGUUCUAGCAACUGUACCAUGUGGUCCAGUCCCUCUGAGGCCGAUCGAAUGGAUCAAUCCUGCCUUUGUGCCUAAACUUGCCAAUCAGCCAUAUUGCUUAAUGGACUAUCAGACUAAUCAAAGUACAGAACCGGUCACGAUAGUGGAAGAGCAUAACGGUAUGGCAGUAACAGCGGAAGCUUCCAACAGUAUGUGGAAUGAGAGCGGCACUGGUAGCGCUAGCUGUAGCGGCAGCGUAGCCGAAGAAAUUGAGGAACAAGCCGAAGAGGUUGACAUCACGGAACAGAACACUGCGAAGGAGCAGCUCGCGGAGGAACAGCCUCUGGAGCAGUUGCACCUCGAGGAACAACAUUUGGAGAACGGCGUAACAACGGUCGAUCCUUAUCUAGAUCCAUUACUGAUGCAAGAGCCGAUGCACGUGCCACAUGUAAUGCCAGCUGUACCACAACCGUAUAUGUAUCCUGGUCACUACAUGUUCGGACCGCCGUUGGUCAACGUUAAUGGUGUUACCAUCCAGGGCGGGCCAUUAGUGAGAACCAUGGACGUAACUGCUAUGACAAUGGCGUACGCCAAACGGAAAAAGAAGAAAAAGAAAAAAAAACAGAAAAGACCUACUUUGGGUAACACCGAAGAUGAAGAGGAAGGGGAAUACAGUUCCGAAUGUGAUAAUGAUGUAUCGUCUUCCCGACUACCUUGGUCAGAAUGUCCAACAUCAACUGCGAGUACAACUGCGACAACGGCGAAUCGGCCGCUGAAUCCCGAGUGCCAGGAAUUUCAAUUACGGCCGGCCACGCAAAAAACUCAUAUCCUCUCUAGUCCUGUCUCAACAUCCGCCAUCAGCACUGUGACCGAAGAAGUUACGUCGUCUGUCAACGAUGUAUCAGAUGUAUCAUCCUACGUCGAAACUGAACCCUCCAGCCGCCAGACUGAAAAAACAUCUGACUCAACCGUUCAAAGUCCAACCAACCAAGAAGACGCAACAACAAUCUGCGAUGCAGAACACAUCUUUACAGAAACGCCGGUGGAAAGUAUUCAAUCGACAAUAGUUGAGCACAAGCCAAAGAACAAAAACGUAGAAAUUCACAGUCAAACGAAUCAUCUAGUCCCAGAUGUAACUAAUGAGAUCGCGGAGAUAAACAGCGAUGCUCUGACUGAUCACAAGGUACUAAUCAAACCUAUCGAAAAUGAUUCGACCAGUGCCAAUGCGAAGCAUGAGCUAUUCGAAAGUAAUAGUAAUGACAUUCAUGCGACGGAUAUGUUGAAUAAUCAUAUCGGAUAUCCUGGAGAAGGUUUAACGAAUGGUGAAAGAUAUUUGGAACAUUUCACCAAUUUAACGGAGAAGAAGUCAAAAUUGACAAGUCUUCAGGAGAGUGCCUCCAAUACUAAUUCAACUCCGAUGGAUGUCAAUGAGGAACAAGAGGAAGAUAUUCGACAAUUACAUUACAACAAUUCGUCAAUUGUGCGAACAUCGUUCGUAUUACCUAAAAAGUACAGCAAAAAAGGUUCAAAAUUCGUGAGAGAACCUACUCCGGGACCGGAUUUAGACAUGGAGAACGGAAAGCUCGUACAGCAAUUUGAAGCCGUCGAACUAAACGAUUCGUGCACGAUCACAAAUAACAAACUGAACGAAACCGAUCAGGAAGCGACAAACAAAAAGGUCGCGUUAGAGGUGCGCGCUAACGAAAAUAAUAAGACCAAAACCACGAACCAAAUCACGAUAGAAGCUUCGAACGAAGAUUUCGGAUUUGAGAGUCAGACUCGACUGUCGGAAUACCCUAUCACUGCCGCUGUGAAGGAAUGGCUGCGUCGGGCGAACUCGCCCGAUCUUUUUGUAACGUCGGCGUCGACCUCGGAAAGUGAGACGGAUGAAGACGACGAUGAUGAAAUGGAUGGUAAGCCGCCAAAAAACUUGCAAGGCAACCCCAUGCCUGCACUAUCUGUUAAUAGCAGCGUCGACAACGUUUUGUUGUCGCGCAUGGCUAGCUGCGGCGAAUUCGCAAAAACCAACAGUCAAAACAACGUGAGAAAUGAUCAAGUGGAGGAUGAUUCGACGUUAAUAUCGAUCGGUAGGAGAAAAAGAGACGCGAAAAGAAAAGGAAAAGCGAAGAGAGUCGACAAGCUGAACAAGAAUCUUGAUGAGAAGACGCAGAAUCAAUUGGUCUCCUCAUUGGUUUCCUGUACUCUAGAAGACCUUGUCGCUGCCGUGAGAUUAAGAAAAGACACGUCGAAGAACAAUGUUGGUAACGUUUGCGAAUUUACUCAGGAGGAUAGCGUUGCGGGUAUGAGGGUUGCUUUAAGUUCUCGGAUAAACUCGAAAAGAGUUAAUGCAAGACGAAUCAAGACAUUGAGAAAAGUCAAUAGAAAUCACGUUGAGAAUAUCGAUAUCAAGAUGAGACGGAUAGAUGUUGAAAACGACGAGAAGAAAUCGAACGAACACGGAAUGGUGAGCGUACGGACAUUCGAGAAAGGGGAGAUUAUCAUCUCGAAGGAUGGCAAAUUAUUACCAAUGUCCUUGUACGAAACUGUACCAUCUUUUAACGAUCAAGAUGAUAAUUCAAGUGCGCUGAAGACCGCUGCUCAUAUCGAUGUAAUCAAUGAGAAUGUGGUGAUGCGCGAGGAGACCAGAAAUAGCAGCGAGAAUGAGGAAAACAACAGUAUAAUGAUAGCGUCCUCUGUAAGCAUAGAAGAACCCGAUGUAUUAGAGUGCUGGGAAGCCGAAACUAUAGAACCUGUGAUAACCCCGAGAAGGAUGAUGCAAAGUCCGGGGGUCCUCUACGAAGGUGAAGCUGCGGAAGAGGAUAACUUCGAGAUAGAGAGAGCUACGAUGGAACACGUGCGGAAGUACUAUAAGCUGGAACAGAACAGCGUUAUCAGUGUGGAGGAUGAAUCGAGCGAGGAAGGAUUCAGCACGUCGGUAAUCUCAUCGAAAUCGAAAACUGUGCCAAAUAAUCAUUCUGAGAAGAUGAUCGAGCAUUUCUGCAGCGAAGAGAUUCCGAUUUUCGUACCGAAUUUAAAUCAGACUGUCGUUUUGGAAAACGAGAAAAUACCCAUCGACGAGGCAUACGAAGUAUACGAAAGCUAUUACACCGGAAAAUCGCCAUUCUUACCGUUCGAUUCGAAAAUAUUCAAGCAACAGCCUCUGUACGAUCAGAAUGCUGAAGGUCCGAUACCCUGCAGAGCAGUAUGUUGUAACAUACAAUAAUGUAUUGGAAAAUUUCAGAUAUACCCUCCCGUCACAAACUUUCCUCAAGAUGAGGAAAUAUAUUAUUAUAACAUAGAAUGUGUAUAGAAUGGGAAUUGUGAUACAGAUUAUAUUAUAAUAAUAUAUUAUUAUACUCGCGCGCGUCUGAAAGGUCUCGUCUUUUUCGAAAUAGGCCACAGGAUGUUGCACUUUUUCCCGGGUAUAUCUCAAUCAAGCACGUAUAAGUACGUGUAAGGAUACCUCCUCGUAAUUGAAAAAAGGCAAAUAUUUUAUUCCCUUAUUGGGCAAAGAUUUAACAAAUCGAUUAUUCUUUCGAAAAUUCAGUGACACGCUCAAGGAGGACUAAAUGUUAUCUAAAUGUUUACUAAAUGUUAUAUUAUUUCGAAAGCAUUGCAGAUCCAUUUUUGUAAAUAGUUUUAAGUUUCCUUCAUAAUCGUACAAUCUGCAAAAAUUUUAUGUGUGUGGGAGCAUGCAUUGUAGUAUCAUUCUACGAUAGCAUUUUACCAUUGUCAUUUAAAACAUUACCGUAUUGUCAUUGUUCAUAAUCAAAACAAAAACAAGAUUCGCAAUGUUAGCUUUUAUCUGGACCGAGCUUAUCAAGAGGCAAUACGUUGUUUUUCGCGAAUAUAAAGAAACUUUAUUUUAAAUGAAAUAAAAGAAGAGGAACAUA